AAAGGAAGGCGCCGUGCGACCCUCCAUCAGCAGCACGCACCCUUCGCAUUCGGUUGACCGUAGACUCCGCCGCGGACGCUGUGCACCGAACGGCACACCGGGAAGCCGAGGUUUCGCCAGCUGCUGUCACAAUCAGCUGAUCCUCUCGGGGCAUCGUUUUCACGGUGUUGGUCGAUCGAUUAGUCUGUCCGGCGGCGGCGGCGGCGAUUUAUCAGUCGGUCCGCCUGGCUGCCUGUCGCUAUAUCUGUCAGUUGUUCGACCAGUGAGAGAAUCGAGUACAUCACUCUGUCAGCACUGUCUGCUUCUACUCGCCGUCGUGUGCGUGUGUGUGCGUUUCCAGUGCAAAGUUCCGGAUAAGCCGAGUGUCGUGCCGAGGAAGUUCGGAUUACGGGAGAAUACGAACUGUUUUCCCACCGCUGCUGACUGUGCGGUCGGCUGUGGAACGUCAAUCUAGCCCGCAGUCAUUUAGUAAGUCAGUCAGCCAGCCAGCCAGUCAGUCAAUAGAGCGCAUAAGCGUUCCGCCGACCGACGAGUCCACCCGCCUAGCCAUCGUCUUGGAGAUUCUCGACCUGGAAGAGCUUCUCGACGAUUUCUCCGGCUGAAGAUCCGGUCGCUGCUGCCUAGCAAGUUGACAGUGCAAAUUGAAUCAGAAAAUGGCGCUGAAGGAAAAGCUAUCGGCCUUCAGUCAAUGGUUUUGGAACGAAGACGUCUGGCUCCCACCCGGCACCACUUGGGCGCACAUCCGAGACACUUCCAAGGUGAACUACGCCCAAAUUGAACAACUCUACGACUCCAUUUACGUCGCCGUGGUUUUAUUCUUCGUCAGAAUGGCGUUCGAAAGAUGGAUCUUCAUGCCCCUUGGCAGACACUAUGGCUUGAAGGGACGACCAAAGAAACCGACGCUCGGACUAUCAAAAGACCCAAUCCUCGAGAAAGCUUUCCUCAAACACGGUCAUAAAGCUUCUCGUGAAGUUGUCACUGGGAUCGCCAAGCAGCUGGACUGCUCGGAGCGUGAGAUCCAGAGAUGGUGGAGACAAAGGACACGUUGUGAAAGGCCUUCAACCUUAGACAAACUCGCGGAAUCGGCGUGGAGAGGCACGUUCUAUGCCUCCGUCUUUUGCUACGGCUUGUGGUGCCUUUCUGAUAAACCGUGGCUAUGGGAUACGAUGCACUGUUGGUACAAUUUCCCUCAUCACAAUACCACCGCGGAUGUUCGGUGGUACUAUAUGAUUGAGCUAGGGUUCUACAUAUCGCUGAUGUUCUCUCAAUUCAUGGACGUCAAGCGAAAAGACUUUUGGGAAAUGUUCGUACACCACAUAGUCACCAUCUUGCUUCUGACCCUUUCGUGGACCUGUAAUCUCACCAGAAUUGGCACAUUGGUGAUGAUUCUGCACGACUUCGCUGAUGUACCCCUUGAAGCGGCCAAAGUUGUCAAAUACCUCAAGAUGCAAAAGGCAGCUGACUCUUUAUUCGUCGUCUUCACCCUGGCAUGGGUGGUUUCCCGGCUGGGUCUCUAUCCUUAUCGAGUCAUCUAUUCGACGGCGUAUCAAGCGACCUUUGUCAUCGAGAUGUUCUCUGCCUACUACAUCUUCAACAGUCUUCUGCUCGCACUUCAACUGCUGCACAUAAUCUGGACCGUGUUCAUAGUCAAGGUCGUAAUCCAGGCUUUGAGCAAUCAGGGUAUAAAAGAUCUUCGAAGCGAAGAUGAGUCGUCGAGCACCGACGAGAAAGAAGACUGAAAUCAACGUUCCUACCGAUUCGAGCGAAAACGUUCCCCAUCACGAUGGGCAACCCAGUCAAUUCUUCCGAACUCGAUGGACGACACCUCAGAGGGUUUGCUUUCUCGGAGAAGACACUUCUGAGUCUGUUGGUUCCGUUUGAAUUUUAUCCUUAUAGGCUGAUGAUAUCUAAUAGUCUUUCUUCUGAAAGAAGAGGAAAACCAAGGUCGCAUGGAUACUGUAACAACCAAUGAGAUUCAGAUCCGGUUUGAAAGUCGAGAGCGAAUGACUAUUUUGCGGGAUGACUCGAAUGGUUUGAGAGGAAAAACAAUGGAUGUCGGUCCCCGCACAUGGGCUCUGAUAUCUUCAGGAAUCAGAGAUGAAUGCGACCCGGAAAGCUAAUGUUAUCAUUAUGAGAGGAUUGAGCGAUUUGUGCGAGCUUUUGUGGAGAGUUUUAUAUAUAUAUUUGGUUGAAACGAUGAAUGAGGUCGACAUUCGAUCGAUCGCACGAAUCGGACAGAGCCAUUAGUGACGAGCGCCUUGCAUUGUGUGAAAUAGUCUUUUCCUCGUACGACUCGUUCAGCUGCUGGAAAAAUACCUCACGAACGUGUGAGCUUUAUAGAUCCUGCGGUGCAGAUUUAGUCAAAGAUCGGGAAUUUCGCGAUGAUUCGUGAUAUUUUGGGCCGUAAUGUUUAUGAUCUGGAACCUCUUUAUGAAUUUUCGAAUUAGUCACCGAUACAAUGAUCCAACUCCAAAGAAACACAGCACUAUGAAGGAGACGCACGCGUUCGAAAAUCGACCGAUAUCACGAUGUGGAUUUCGAGAGAGACGAUUAACGUAUGUGUGUACAUAUAGUAUACAAUUAAAACGAACGGAUAUAGGAGAACAAACAUAUUUCUGUUUGGUCAGUUCUAAAUAAAUGAGUUUCUCUUUCCGA